GGUUGUGUUCCAGGGAACAGCCAUGGCUUUGAAGGCCCGAGCCCUGUACAACUUCCAGAGCGAAAACAAGGAAGAAAUCAGUAUACAAGAGAACGAGGAACUGGUCAUCUUCAGCGAGAACUCCGUGGACGGCUGGCUGCAGGGGACCAACAGCCAGGGAGAGACAGGCCUCUUCCCUGCAUCCUACGUGGAAAUCCUCCGACCCAGGUCAGCCUCGACCUACACAAAUCAUUCCAACAGCCCCAGUGGGUCACCGGCCAAUGGGUCGGCCUUCUACGUCUCCCCUUCCAGCACCAGCGUCUCCCACCAGGGUAGCUUUGACGAUGACGACGACGACGACUGGGACGAUUGGGACGAUGGCUGCACGGUGGUGGAAGAAACCCACGGGGGGACGAGCACCAACGGGCACCCUUCUCCCAAUCUUCCGUCACCCCGGCCGUACCUGCACCCAAACAAUGCGGGCUAUCGUCCCAAGCCCUCUCUGGAGAGGCAGGACAGCAUCGGCACGGCCAAAAGGGGCAGCGUGGUGGGACGCAACCUGAACCGCUUCUCCUCCUUCGUCCGGUCCGGCGUGGAGGCCUUCAUCCUGGGGGACGUCCCCAUGAUGUCCAAGAUCCCGGAGGCCUCCUACAUUGACAUGGGGGCCAAAGGUCCCCAGUGGCGGCCCAACCCGCACCCUUUGGUGUGCUCAGUGGAGGAUCCCACCAAGCAGACCAAGUUCAAGGGGAUCAAGAGCUACAUCUCCUACCGCCUGACUCCCAGCAACAGCCAUUCCCCCGUCUACCGGCGCUACAAGCACUUCGACUGGCUGUACAACCGCCUCUUGCACAAGUUCACUGUCAUCUCUGUCCCUCACCUGCCCGAGAAGCAGGCCACGGGCCGCUUCGAAGAAGACUUCAUCGAGAAGCGCAAGCGGCGCCUGAUCCUCUGGAUGGACCACAUGACCAGCCACCCGACCCUCUCCCAGUACGAGGGCUUCCAGCACUUCCUCAACUGCCGGGACGACAAGCAGUGGAAGAUGGGCAAGCGGCGGGCUGAGAAGGACGAGAUGGUGGGGGGCAGCUUCCUGUUGACCCUCCAGAUUCCUACCGAGCAUCAGGACCUGCAGGACGUGGAGGACAGGGUGGACACCUUCAAGGCCUUCAGCAAGAAGAUGGACGACAGCGUCCUGCAGUUGACCAACGUGGCCUCCGAGCUGGCCCGCAAGCACGUGGGGGGCUUCCGGAAGGAGUUCCAGAAACUGGGCCAUGCCUUCCAGGGCAUCAGCCACUCCUUCCAGAUGGACCCUCCGUACAGCUUGGAUGCCCUCAACGGCGCCAUCUCCCAUACGGGCAAGACCUACGAGGUGGUGGGGGAGAUGUUCGCCGAGCAGCCCAAGAACGACCUUUCCCUCAUGCUGGAUACCCUCUCCUUGUACCAAGGACUCCUUUCCAACUUCCCAGAUAUUAUCCAUCUCCAGAAAGGUGCCUUUGCCAAGGUGAAGGAGAGCCAGCGGAUGAGCGACGAAGGGAAGAUGGAUCAGGAAGAGGCGGACGGGAUCCGGAAACGCUGCCGAGUGGUGGGUUUCGCACUGCAGGCCGAGAUGAACCACUUCCACGAGAGGCGGGUGUCGGACUUCAAGAAGAUGAUGCAGUCCUACCUGAAAGAGCAGAUCCUCUUCUACCAGAGGGUCAGUCAGCAGCUGGAAAAAACAUUGCGGAUGUACGAUAACCUCUAGUCCUCUCUGGACCCCCGCUGCUUGGAUUGUCUUUGGAACUGAGCAGGGU